GACCGCAUGUUCGCUGAAGUGGGAGGGAUCUCAGCAAAUUUUUGGCGAGCCGAUCGCAGUCUAAUAGAAUAGAAUUCAAUUUAGUUUAAUUUAAUUUAAUUUGCUCAGCCGAUAGUUUAAUUUGCUCAGCCGACAAGAUGCCUAUCGACUACGACGAAAGGCUCCGUAUCCAUAGUGCAGUAGAGAGCAAACUGCGGACCUUCCUCGCUGGGACUAGUUUUGAAGCAUGCCAGUUGAAAUGGAUGGAUUGUGAGCGGAAGUUCACAUACUUUGUCCAGGUGCCGCAGGAGGCAGCGUUGAAGGACUUUAGUAAAGUUCUGCACAGCAGAUCUUUUAAUUUAUGUGGGAAGAAGUACAAAGUUAGUGUGCCUGAAGAUGAUUGGGUGGGGGUCCAUCAACUUGAUGAUGGUACAUACGAAUACUUGAAGCACUUUGUUGCAACUAUUGUAUAAGGUUGAAAAGAUUAAACAAACUCAAAAAGACACCAUUGAGUAUCUCUUAGUAUGUUAAUUUAUUUUAAUACUUUGUAUUUAAGCAAAUGUUGUAUUUGUAUGUAAAAGGGGAAUGUAAAAAAUCCGGGAAUGAAAAGUGUGUGUAUAUUAGUUUUCAAGUUAGUUUUCAUAGCUCUGUUGGGCUGUCUAUUCUUUUACAACAUCUGCCCAUGAAAUGUUCAUAAUAUCAGCUUGUUCAACAAUAAUAAUUUUCAUUUGGUGGAGUUAAUAUUUGGGAUCGGUAAUUGCUUUGCAUUUCUGGUUGGAGUUUUUGUACACUCCUAUUUUAACUAUCCUGGUAUUGAUGGUCUUAUCCAUUUGAUGCUUUGCUAAAAUAAGUGCCAGGUUGGUUUGAGUUAAUGCAUCAAGGGGCAUAAUUCCUGUAGCUUGUUAGAUUAAUUUUGUUGGAUACAUCUGGUCUCCUCUAUAGUUCUUAGUUUAUUGACCAAGUGUCGACUGGCAUUUGAGAGCGAAUAUAUGUGAAAUAGAGGCUCUUGAGGAGUAGGUAUCUGAUAACUUGCUUAAGCUUUAGUAAUUUGCUUUUAUUAGUCACAUCCCGUCUGAUUGUUGCUUUGUCUAGGCUCUUCUGGUUUCAUAAUUAAUUGUGAACAAAUUCUCAGUGCUGUCCUCGAUUUUUUUUUAUUUUUUUUAUUAUUUGGAAAACAAUGUCCAUAGAGCGAUGCCCUGUUUUGGACUAUAACAUGAAGAUAUUUCUGUGACAUGAUGGAUACAAGAAAGUGUGAUUUUAGAAGUUAAUACAAAGUUUAUAAAUAUAAGAUAUGAGAGUUUAAACAGUAGUAGUAUUUUAGUUUGCAAAGUAGUACUGAACAUAGAAUUCUUUUGCUUUUGCUUUAAAUAGGCCAUCGGCCAUUUGGCCAUAGCUUUAUCUUUGCUGUACUUGUGAACAUUGCUUGUAACUCCAUAUACAUCUCUGAUAUCAAAUGCAGCGUAAAUAAACAGAUGCACUGUA